AGUUGGCAACGGCCAUUACACAUUACUCUCGGUUCGUCGUCGUGUCAGAGCUAGAGAUUCUCCUCCUCCAUCACACAAUCAGCCGUCGUCGCGGAAGAAGAAAAAAGUCUCCAUCGAAAAUCGUCCGUCGCGAGUUUAAGCAGUGGAUUUUUGAUUGCGGAUAUUCCCCGGGGGAAAACUCCAAAAGAAAGAACGCAGCAGGCCACAUUCGGGUGGAGGUCGACGGUCGGUGCCACUUUUUGGGAUUAAUUUGCUGGCGGAGCCUACUGCUCUGAGAGAAAGAAAACUUACGGCACCCGUUCCGGAUUACUACGUGACAACACCCCGCAGAGAAAGAGAGACAGUGAGGAAAUGUCCGCGUCCGCGAUGAGUCCCGAAUAUGACUACCUUUUCAAACUGCUGCUGAUUGGAGACUCGGGUGUGGGAAAGUCUUGCCUUCUGCUGAGAUUUGCUGAUGAUACAUACACGGAAAGCUAUAUCAGCACAAUCGGCGUAGAUUUUAAAAUUAGGACCAUUGACUUGGACGGCAAAACAAUCAAACUGCAAAUUUGGGACACCGCCGGCCAGGAGCGCUUCCGUACGAUAACGUCGUCGUACUACCGGGGCGCGCACGGCAUCAUCGUGGUGUACGACUGCACCGACCAGGAGUCGUUCAACAACGUCAAACAGUGGCUGGAGGAGAUCGAGCGCUACGCCUGCGAGAACGUGAACAAGCUGCUGGUGGGCAACAAGUGCGACCUGCAGACGAAGAAGGUGGUCGACACCACCACGGCUAUGGAAUACGCGAACCAGCUCGGCAUCCCGUUCCUGGAGACGUCCGCGAAGAACGCCACCAACGUGGAGCAGGCAUUCAUGACGAUGGCGGCGGAGAUCAAGAACCGCGUCGGACCCCCCUCGAGCGCAGCGGAAGCGCCCAGCGCCGUCAAGAUCGACAAGAGCCGCAACGUCGAGGCCAAGGGCGGCUGCUGCUGAACAGCUGGUUGUGCCCCAGCAGAUGGAGACGGAGGAGGAGACAGUAGGUGGUGGUGGUGGUCACGCACGCAGACGACAGACGGUGGUGGAGGCGGUUGGAGGACGUUGGCAGCCCCCCCCAAAGGAAAGGAAAGCAAACAGAAGCAGACCGGUUUGGUUUGCGCUCCGGUUUAUUGAUAUAUAUAUUGAUUAUGAUUUUUGUGUCUUGUACAUUUCCCCUUCUUGAAAUAAAGAUGAAACAAGUGCGCGUGUUUUUGCCGCCGCAGCAAGAAUAAAAAAAAAAAAAAGAAACAAUUGAUUAAACAAAACAACAACACAAGAGGGCUUCAGCUUCUUCCUCUCUAAGCUAAUUACUACUACUAUUAUAUUAUUCAAACACAAACACAGACACCUCUCAGCAAACACAACAACAUUGAUGAUCUUCACUGUCCAACACGAGAGGGGCCGAUUUAACAAAUUUAAUUAGAGAAAAACAUCAAAAGUAAUAACCAGUUUAGUAUGAUUUAACCAGCAGAAUAAUAGAACAGACAGACACGCGUGAGGAGCGAAAUAGUGAAGAGGUAAAACAAUGGGAGGUGAAAAUAAAGAAAAAAAAUGCUAGCGUAAGGAGAAAAAUAUUAUUCAAUAGAGGAAAUACUUUUACUAGAGAGAACCAACCAAGAGAAUGGAAAGAAGUAAACAAAUUCAAAAUGAUUAGAACAUUAACAAAUGGUGAAGCAAAGUCUUAAAAAGUGUUUGAAGGCAUUACCAGCAAAAAAAAAAAUAUACACAAUUUAGCCACGCAAUUAUACGCGCGAAAGCAUGGUAAAUGAAUUCAACAAUAAACUUUGUUAAACUGCAGAUUUGUUGUCCCAUUUUUCAUUUUUGGCUCCAGCGACACAACGUUGGUUUCGAUUCCGCCGGCCGCUGCUGUCCUCCGCUGUCCGCUGUCUUCGAACUGCGCCCCCCAAUUUUUCAAAAUACCUUAAUCUGCAAAAUAUACUACAAAGAAAUCCUAAACAACACCUUUUGAAAAAAAAAAACCGGUGAUGCAUGAAAUCGCGAAAUUCCACUAGUAAUAGCGAAAAACAAAACAUUAGUUCGUCCUCUUAAACACUUUUUAAUAAAGGUAAUAAAAAAAUAAAACUAGCUUUUUGUCUGUGAGAAAUUAAAAAAAAUAAUGAAAAAAAAACAUCAAUUACAAGAGCCAACAGUUUCUAAGAUCUUCAAACAAAAAAGAAUUUUAGUUUUAUUCGUACCACAAACAAGGCGUCUUUUCCGUGUCUACACUAUUUUAGUUGAAUGAGAGAAAGAUUAUAUCGGAACAUGUAUUUAUACGUUUAAACUAAAUAAAGCAACAAAGCAAGAAAAAACAAGCGAGCUAGAAGGCUUGAAUUUGCUGAUAUUUCAUUCGUUCACUUUGGCAUUUUCCAACCCAUUUUCAUUCUCUUUCAUUCAAUCGUUAAAAUUUAGAGCUAAAGCAAAAUGAAGCAAGCAAAUAAAAAUGUGAUUCGCAACAGAUUAUGUUUUCCCCACUAGAACAACAAGCAAGUUUAAAAAUCGGUUACACUUUUCAUCACCACCAUCCACAAUUUUCAAAAUGAAAAGCACCAAACCGCGAAAUGAGCGAAGAGAAGGAAAAAAAACGAACCGAAACCACGAUAAUAUUGAUUGAUUGGAACGAUUUUGGGCCGACUGGAUGGAUUCGUAAAAGGUGAACAACAUUCAAGCAAAAAAUGUGGAAAACGAUUUCCGCAGAGGAAUACCAGCAAAGGACGGAAAAACUCGUAAAUAAAAAAAGUUGAAAAUUAUGUAAAA